AAAUGGUAAAAUCUCUGUAUCAUUUUCAAUUGUUGUGCAACUUAUCGCUUUUAUCUAUCUAGUACAGUAUCUACACACUCUGAACACUUUAAUCUCUUGUUAUUUCUUUUUUACUUGUUAAAACUGAGCUUCAUAAGGUUGUAUGUUAAGUGUUUGUUGAAUUGCUUCAAUGGCUUUUUGUUCUUGUCUAAAGCUCCACCCUUGGAGCCUUCCUCAUGAUUUUGGACACCCAGUUCCCUUUUCUUUUCGUCUUAAAUCUCCGAGUACCGUUUCUUUUGCAUAUUCACCGCAACAAUUCACCUCUGUUUCAUCGUCUAGUUCAUCAUCAGUAUCCACCACUCCUCCGGCUUCAGCCCGAAAACUGUCCGGAGACUUCACUCCGGCGGAACUGCUUAGUACCCUUCGUCGUGAAAAGGAUCAAACUUCAGCUCUCCAGCUGUUUAAUUGGGCUUUGGAACAGUCUAAUUUUAAGCCCACGUUAUCGAUAUAUGAGGAAAUUCUGCGGAAGCUUGGGAAUGUUGGGAAGUUUGAUUCGAUCAGGAGUGUUUUAGAUGAUAUGAAGCGUUCUCGUUGUGAGGUUGUUGAAGGUACUUUCUUUAUUUUGAUUGAAAGUUAUGCUAAGUUUGGUUUGUAUGAUGAAGCUAUUGGUGUUCUUGAUAUUAUGGAGCAAGAAUUUGCAUUGGAACCACACACGUUCACGUAUAACUUCUUGUUGAAUGUUCUUGUUGAUGGAAACAAGUUGAGAUUGGUUGAAACGGUUCAUUCUUUGAUGACGAAUAAAGGAGUGAAACCAGAUGUUUCUACCUUCAAUAUAUUGAUCAAGGCAUUGUGUAAAGCUCAUCAAGUUAGACCUGCAAUUUUGAUGAUGGAAGAGAUGAGUACUUAUGGUUUGGUGCCAGAUGAGAAGACUUAUACGACAAUAAUGCAGGGGUAUAUCGAGGAGGGAAAUUUUAAAGGUGCUUUGAGAAUGAGAGACCAAAUGAUUGCAGCUCAAUGCCCCUCGAGCAAUAUAACAAUAAAUGUUCUGAUUAAUGGUUAUUGUAAAGAGGGUAAAAUUGCAGAAGCUUUGAACUUUGUGGAAGAGAUGACUACUAAAGGAUUUCCUCCUGACCAGUUCACGUAUAAUACUUUGAUCAACGGGUUGUGCAAAGCGGGAUAUCUUAAUCAUGCUAUGGAAAUCCUGGAUAUAAUGCUUCAGGAGGGGUUUGAUCCAGAUAUAUAUUCAUACAACACUCUGAUUUCUGGAUUGUGUAAAUCAAGCAAAAUUGACGAGGCAAUGGAAGUUCUUAACUUGAUGCUUUCCAAGAAUUGCUCCCCAAACACAGUCACAUAUAACACCAUAAUUAGCACCAUGUGCAAGGAGAACCAAGUUGAAGAAGCUACAGAGCUUGCUCGUGUUCUCGCAAGCAAGGGUGUCUUCCCUGAUGUCUGUACAUUUAAUUCUCUGAUCCAGGGUCUCUGCUUGAGCAGCAACUACGAAAUUGCCAUGGAUUUGUUUAGAGAUAUGCAUAACCAAGGAUGCCAACCUGAUGAAUUUACCUACAAUAUGCUCAUUGACUGUCUUUGUUCUAGAGGGCGACUAGAUGAAGCUCUGAGCCUUCUGAAACAAAUGGAAUCAAGUGGAUGUGCGCGUAGUGUAAUAACAUAUAAUACCCUUAUUGAUGGGUUCUGCAAGAAUGACAAAAUUGAAGAAGCAGAGGAAAUCUUUGAUCAGAUGGAACUCCAUGGUGUUUCAAGAAAUGUAAGAACCUACAACACCCUUAUCAAUGGCCUUUCUAAGAGAAAGAGAAUGCAGGCGGUUUCUCAUCUUAUGGACCAGAUGAUUAUGGAAGGAUUCAAGCCUGAUAGAUACACCUACAAUUCCCUUCUCAAUCACUACUGCAGAGAGGGUGAUGUAAAAAAGGCAGCAGAUAUAGUCCAGACUAUGACUUCAAAUGGUUGUGAAGCAGAUGUUAUCACCUACGGAACCCUUAUUAAUGGCAUGUGCAGAGCUGGGAGAAUUGAGGUCGCAGCUAAGCUCUUAAGAAGCAUCGAGAUGAAUGGCAUGGUCAUGGCUCCGCCAUCUUAUAAUCCUAUUCUUCGAGCACUCUUUGAUCGUAAAAGAACUGAUGAAGCCAUGAGACUUUUUAGAGAAAUGGAGAAGAAAGGUGAUCCACCUGAUUCAGGUUCUUAUGUAAUUGUCUUUAGAGGGCUGUGUUCUGGUGGAGGACCUGUAGCAGAGGCUGUUGAUUUUGUGAUUGAGAUGACUGAUAAAGGUCAUAUCCCAGAGUUCUCUUCAUUCUUCAUGUUGGCAGAAGGACUUUGUGCUUUAUCAAUGGAAGACACUCUAGUUAAGCUUGUCGACAGGGUCAUGAAGACGGCAAAAGUCUCCGGAAAUGAGGCAACUAUGAUUAUGGGUUUCCUCAAAAUCCGUAAGUUUCAAGAUGCAUUGCUCACCCUCGAAGGUGUCCUCAACAGUCGAAAGCCUAAAAAAGGCUAUGGCAAUUAUGCAAAGGAAAAACUGUCGCGUGCUGGACGUGUCUGGACUAAUGCGUGAAAGCUGUUGACCACCUCUGAUUUUGAACUCCUGUAUGGAGAUUGGAGACACGAAGCAUAGACUGUCUGAAUGGAUUACAAAUUUGUUGUAGUUAGGGAUCUACUUCUCCAUCCGCACACAGCAUUUUAGUGACUUGAUGCUAAUUUUAAUAAUGCUCUGGGACAGUGGGGGUAAUGAAUAUAUGUUUUGUAUGAUUUGAUUAUCUGGCCUAUCAGAUUAAUUUCUUUCUCAUUAUUACUUUCUGCUUACUUUCUCAUUUAUACAUCUUUUGAUGCCAUGAUUUUUGUAGGUGCUUGGAAAAGUUUAUAUAUCAAUGCUUCAAAUUCCUGUGUA